AGUGAAAGCAUGUGGUGCAGUAGUAGGCGGGACCUGACGCUGUAUGAAACACAGCAACAGUGUCAGCCGCUUUACCUGUCUUAAGGAGAAAGAUUAACUUUGGUUGAAUAUGCCAGUAUCUAUGUGGGUGGAAGAGGUUAACCGACAUUGUUUCGAGAGCCCACAGAACACAGGAUGCGAUGUUAUCUGCGUGCAUUGCUCCUGUGCACGGCGUUCACCUUUUUUUCGUCGCUCUACGUGAUCAAUUAUCUCGCAUCCACACUGGAGGACAGCGCUCGGCGGGGCCUUAACGAGGAGAGGACACCCGACGGAGAGAGUCGUAACACGGGGAACGUUCUCAGGAAAAGACCCGGAUUGGCAGGCCGUGAAGCUCGCGAGCAGCACAGGUGUAAAUCACUGUCAGUCUCUUACUGGAAUCCGUAUUGGAGACUGCCUGCUGAUGUUUGUGGACUGAACUGCUUUUUGGAUUCACCCUUUAGAGACAGGAUAGACUCUGAAGUGGAGGACGGCAGCGAUGAAAGUAGUCACCUGGCCGUGGUGGCCUGUGGCCCAAGGCUGGAGGAGACGCUCACCAUGCUCAAGUCUGCUAUCCUGUUCAGCAAAAAGCCUCUAAAAUUUUACAUCUUUGCCGAUGACGAGCUUCAGGGCGGCUUUCAAAAUGCGCUGCACUCCUGGCCGAGGUCCGUUCAGACCAGGUUUAACUUCACCAUCUACCCCAUCACUUUCCCCAGCGGUAAUGAGAAUGAGUGGAAGAAGCUCUUCAAACCGUGUGCCUCUCAAAGACUCUUUUUACCACUGAUCCUGAAGGAGGUGGACUCUUUGCUGUACGUGGACACAGAUAUCCUCUUCCUGCAGCCCGUGGAGGACAUCUGGGUCUUCUUCUCCCAGUUCAACGCGAGCCAGCUCGCUGCCAUGGCUCCGGAGCACGAGGAGCCACGGAUCGGCUGGUACAACCGCUUUGCCCGCCACCCUUACUACGGCACGACUGGCGUCAACUCAGGGGUCAUGCUCAUGAACAUGACACGCCUCAGGGAAACCUUUUUUAAGAAUGAUAUGACUACAGUUGCGCUUCAAUGGAGUGAAAUGCUGAUGCCCCUUCUUCAAAAGUAUAAACUCAACAUCACCUGGGGGGACCAGGACCUUCUCAAUAUCAUAUUUCAUCACAACCCAGAAUGCCUCUACGUGUUCCCCUGCCAGUGGAACUACCGUCCGGACCAUUGCGUCUAUGGUCUCAACUGUCAGCAAGCUGAAAAAGAUGGCGUCUUCAUUCUCCACGGUAGCAGGGGAGUUUACCAUAAUGAAAAGCAGCCGGCGUUUAGAGUCGUUUAUGAGGCCAUCCAGCAGUACCCCUUUGGCGAGAACAUGGAGACCUCACUGCUUCAGCCACUGGAAGCGUCUCUCCAGACCACCACCCAUUCCUACUGUGGACGGCAGAGCCACCUGUUCACCAAGAGGCUCAAACAAAGUAUCGCAUCUGUUCAACAGGUCAGGCGGGGAAGAUGAGCUGUGUUAGAUUAGGGAUGGGAAACGCAGAGCAACGUCGUACUCUCUCUUGGCAAUCGGAACGUUUGGAUAGUGUGAGUACUCGUACGUACUUAAGCUUUAUACAUUCCACCCCGCCCCCACUGGCAGAUUUGUGGAAGAGGUGCGCAAUGCACAAGCACAUCAAUGUAGACAUGUCACAAAAUUACUGCAAUGCAAUGGCUCCUCUUGGCAGUUAGUCAUGAUAACUGCCUUGCACAAUAGAAAUAAACACCCACUGGAAAUAAUCUGUCAGGAAAGUUGCAGGACAGAAUUGUGUAAUGAUGCGCUGACACGGAGAACAUGCGAACUCUGCACCAAAAGGCCUGAACUGAGAACAUUCUCCACUGCGCCUGCACAAAAUGUUAUUGAGGAGAUGCGGUAAAUAACAAGACGGGGAGACGAGAGCCAGUCAUGUCACUUUACUCAUACAAAAUGGUUUUCACAUCAAACAUCCAACCACUCUCUUUGAAGCCAACAACUCCCUUUGAAAUUUGAUCUCCUGCCCCUCCCUUGAACAUUCACACCCCUGGUGAAUGUCUCCCUCUUUUGGGUCACCAACAUAUGCUAUUUGGCCAGCAAAAAAAUAACAUCAUCCAUCCAUAUAACACGAUACACAAAUGUAACUGAAGGUAAACGUGUGGAUACCAUAGUCUUGCUUACAAAAAAAGUCAAAGAAAUGUUCGUAAUAUAAAGCUACACUUUUCUGUCACAGUAUUUCCAAUAUAAUAGAAAGAUGAAGCACUCCACUUGUUUUUUCCCCCACAGGCAAUAGAAAAUAAGUAUUAUACCACAUAAAAAUGCAACACAAACUAAAUGGUUAAGCUCUAGAAUGUGUACAAAGAACAUAAGUCUCCUAUUCAUCUGUUUUAAUUUUUACUUUUUAAUUCAACAUAAUUCACAUUAAUUCAAACUUCAGUGCCGAAUUUUGUUACUCCGGCGACACGUAGCGACUGGUUAGCAGAUCCGCCUCACAGCUCUGAGGACCCGGGUUAAAAUCCGGCCUCGCCUGUGUGGGUUUUCUCCGGGUAUUCCGGUUUCCUCCCACAGACCCAAAACAUGCAUGGCAGGUUAAUUGAAUACCGUAUUUUCACGACCAUAAGGCCCACUUAAAAGUCUUACAUUUUCUCCAAAAUGGACGUGGCGCCUUAUAAUGCGGCACGCCUUGUGUGUGCACCGAGUUACAAAAUCUGUAAAUGUUGUAUGAGUUUGAUGAGCGCGCCGCUUGACUGACUGGGAGCAUUUCCUGCCGACACGCUGCUUAUAUAGAGGAAAGGCGGACGUGACAGAGGACAGCAUGCGGAUAUUAAAGGGGGAAGGGUCUGCGUGAAAGAGGACGCUAAAGGCACAUAGUAAUUAUAUAUUGGUUAAGGACCCUCGAAAAUGGCACCUACGAAGAGACACGCUUACGAAGCACAGUUUAAACUGCAAGCUAUCAGUUACGCGGAGGAACAUGGGAAUCGAGCAGCUGCGAGAGAAUUCAAGAUCAACGAAUCCAUGUGUGACCGGUGAUCUUCUGCGUUGUGUCGGUUUGAAGAAUGGUGUGACACCGGGACCUUUUUGGAGACGAUCUCCUUUUAUUCUGACAGAAUAAACAACAGCAGAACCUCCGUAUAAAUUUGACUGUCCACUCGAGCUCCUCUCCCACAGGAAGAUUGUACAAAAAGGGCCUGCGGCUAUGCGGUAAAAUCCGUAUACAUAAUAAACCACAAAUUCAACAAAACAUACCUGACAGAAUAAACAACAGCAGAACCUGCGUAUAAAUUCGACUGUGCACUCGAGCUCCUACACAAAGAAAAUAAAGAUGACGACAUCGGCAAACCGGACGGCUUGUCACAGCGUUAAGCCAUUGGUCUUCAACUGUUAAAAAUACCAUUUUUAAAUUUAACUCCGCUGACAUGUAUUAUGUGACAGGAAAAGACAUUACAAUAAAAUUGAGACUAAAGAUGCAUAAUAAACCAAGAAAAACAUUAGGAUGGUUAAGGAUUACCAACUGAAUGAAAUAUGGUCACCCACCUCUCCCACAGGAAGAUUGUACAAAAGGGCAGAGGCGGGGCUGCAGAAAACAUUUAUAGUGGGGUGCACAGAAGAAGAAAUUACAGUAGGAGCAGCACCAAGCUACAUACACACAGUUUACACUGGCUUGGGAGGCAUUUUCUUCUCAGGCAGGAACAGAUUUUGUGUAUAUAAACUUCAUUAAACACACAGAUUGACCCGGUUACACAUGAUUCACAAGUGCAUGCCUGGGCUAAGGUAUCCGCUUUGACUGUUGUCCGAGCUUUUGCGAAAGCCGGCAUCAUUGCUGAACAGCCCCCCGGCAACGAGACUGACUCUGACAAUGACGAGAGGGAACCCGGCAUGUUUGAACUUGCCCAGCUGUUCAUUUCGGAAACAAGAUGAGGACUUUGAUGGAUUUAUGGAUGAGGAUUGAUAAAAAAAUAACGUGUGUACAUUGUUAAAUACUUCAAUAAAGUACAACCAAACUCAGUUUUGCUCCCGCUGCCUUUUUAAAAACAUACGCUAGCAUGCAUGCAUGCUAGCGUAUGUUUUACCAUGCGCCCAAUAAUACGGUGCGCCUUAUGGAUGUGUUAAAUACAGAAAUAGACCCCGUAACUGAGACUGCACCUUUUAAUACGGUGCGCCUUAUGGUCGCAAAAAUACGGUACUCUAAAUUGCCCGUAGGUGUGAAUGUGAUUGCGAAUGGUUGUUUGUUUAUAUGUGCCCUGCGAUUGGCUGGCAACCAGUUUAGAGUGUACCCCGCCUCUCGCCCGCAGUUAGCUGGGAUAGGCUGCAGCAUACUUGUGACCCUAGUGAGGAUAAGCGGUAGAAAAUUGGACAGGAAUUGGUCCGAUCUCGGAAGCUAAGCAGGAUCGGUACUGGCUAGUACUUGGAUGGGAGACCCCUGAGGAAUACCGGGUGCUGGGGUUGGGCAGUAGGCCAAUUACCUGCUCCCUUAAAAAGUAUGGAUUACAGAAACCGCAAUUGCGGCCUAAUGUGCCUCAUGGCACUGAGCACGCUAGAAAAAAAAAGGUUGACCUGUGUGGAACAUUCAUUCGUUCAUCUUCUGUACUGUUUUUUUGUUUUGUUUUGGGCCAGCGUUCUGACUUUCACACAAACUUGGGUUACGUUGCCACCGUGUGAAUGGAACUCUGAAGGAUAUGUAGGAGAAUUGUGAGAGUCACAUAAUUGUGUACUGUUAGAGACAACAGUACAGGUAUAUGGCGAUAUCAAUAUUUAGUUCACCUAAUCUGUAAUGAGUUAUUUAGUGUCUCUGUGGAAAAGAAGACUUAGAAAGUAGAAAAGCAAAACAAGAUAUUGUCAAGUAAUCUAAUGAGGCUUUUCCUUUUGAGCUGUUUAAGAGGUUCCGCAGUCUUCUUCAAAGAUUUUUCCCUUAAGAACAUUUGGUAAACGCAGCCCAAUAAGAUGGAUGACAAACAGGCUCAAGCCUACUGAAUUAUUAUUUGUUUACAACUUUUGUACUGUGUAAAUUGGGCUGGUAGUCAUGCGCAACCCGCUAAAUUUUGUAUGUGUUUUCAAGUGCUGGUUCAUAUAAAACACCAACAUCACUCCCUUUUUUUUUUUUUAAAUAUAAACACCACAAGUCGAGAAAACACAGUUUACCUCUGCAGAGAUGAUUUUACAACAGAACAGGCACUUUUGAGACAAUCAGUCAGGUUGUUUUUAAGAGUUAUAAUCGCAAUAAUGUUACGACGAUCACUUUGCACAGUUAGCCUAGGGUUUUCAGAAAAUCAGUAGGGCAUAUAUCAGUUGCAAAUAAGGAGCAACUGCUUUGUAAUUAAACUUUUUAAGCCACUGUAGUACAAACAUAGCUUGCCUGUUACAUUAUCAUGUCUUGAAAUAAGCAUUAUCUGAUAAUUUUCGUGUGCGAUAAAUCUCUAAAAUGUUCCACUAACAACUGACGCUAGCACUAAACACAGUGUCCUGGCUGAUCCACCAAUAUUUCAGACCACGUGUAGGGGAAUGCAGCUAUAAAAAUCAAAUUUUCUUGUAAUUUUAAGGGCACACAAACAUUGUUUUUAUCAUUAUAGUUCAACAGGAGAAUGUGUUCAGAGGUAUUGGGUAGCUUUAAUGUAGCGUGAAAACAAAUGUAAAAUACCGGUAUGUAUUUGGUCCCUACAGUACAGUAUUUAAAAUCCCUGCCAUUGUUACUGGAUUGUGUGUUGUUUACUUCUAAGUGUAUAUAGUAUUCUCUCAGUGAUUAUGUUUUCCUCCCUAAGGCUAAGUUUACACUAUGUUCCUGGCGGGCACAGCAGCCCCCUUUGGCCUAAAUGUAGCACGAUGUGGGAUUUUGGCCUUUUUUUCCCUUUCCGUAUUUAAACCUUGCUAAGUUUUCUCAUGGUCGAUCACGGUGUCCAUGAUGGGCCGGGGCCGCUAAAUUCUAGCGUAUCAAAGUCACACUAUGUUUCAGCCCAAUGUUGGUGGCGAAACAUGCGUCCCGUCCUACUAUGGGCUGCCUCGAAGUUGUGGCGCACACCAUUACAAUCACGUUUUGUUGUGUUUACCCCGUCUUACGACUUACUUAGUACUAGGUUUUUCAUCUGCAAUGUGCCUGCUGUGGCAAUUUGUUUGACAAUUUGAACAUCUCUCCGGGCAACACGCCGAUCCCAUUCCCUUGCGUUGUCUCACACCAUCCCGUUUUAUCCACCGUGGCCGCCGUGAACAUAGUGUAAGCAUAGCAUCAGCUAAAACCAGCCUACUGGUGCACAAAACAUAUUUUGUCAAAUAGAAAACUGUUUGUGUUGACAUAAAAUGUUUUUGCAUUUUUGUAUCCUGUAAUCGCCAUUAAAGUCUUGUAUUUUAUUGG